AUGAGUGGUUUGAAAUAUCUGAUACUGUUACGCUAUUAUGAUGCUUAUUAUGUAUUUGAAAUUCCAAAUUCGAAUGGCCUGAAAUCAAAGGACCACAUUGAAGAUGAAGAAUCGAGAAUGAGGUCAUGCAUCUUUGCAUUGGAUCACAAUGAAGCUAGUGGAACUUAUAGGUCUUUUGGGAAAGAUGAUGUUUCACUACGCAUUGUGGAGUCUGCUGUGCUGAUGUGGUCAGGUUGUCAGACUGCAAAUGAGGUUGGUUCCAACGAUAACGAUUUCAAGGCCAGUGGCCAGAAUCCUGUGAUGCAGCAUAAGAUGAACCAACCUGACAAUUCUGUGGUUACAUCUGAUCAAGAGCAAAUGAAGGCCUUGUCUAAACGACUGGACUUUAUAAUGUACACAGCAUCUGGUGAUAAUCCAUUUGAUCCAUACCUGUUGCUUUUGAAGACUGCUGGUGUUCUUGUUCUUGUUGGGGUCCCAAGUGAGUACAUAAAUGAAGCUCCUGAGAGGUUGUUAAAGAAUGACGUGAAUUACCGAUUUAUAAUUGAUGCAUUGCUGCCAACUCCUUGA